GGCGGCCGCGCGUCGCAGGAAGCCUGCGGGCGGCGGACAUGGCGGGCUGGUGGCGGGCGCUUCCGCGCGCGGCCCUGCGCUACCCGUGGCCCACCAACGUGCUGCUCUACACCGGGCUCUUCUCCGCCGGCGACGCGCUGCAGCAGCGGUUGCGGGGCGGCCCGGCCGACUGGCGCCAGACGCGGCGCGUGGCGACCCUGGCCGUGAUCUUCCAAGGCAAUUUCAGUUACGCGUGGCUGCGCCUGCUGGAGCGCGCGCUGCCCGGCCGCGCGCCGCGCGUCGUCCUCGCCAAGGUGCUGUGCGACCAGCUGCUUGGAGGGCCCAUCAUGCUCUCAGCCUUCUACGUGGGUAUGAGCAUUCUCCAGGGACAAGAUGACAUAGUCUUAGACCUGAAGCAGAAAUUUUGGAAUACAUAUAAGGCUGGCCUGAUGUAUUGGCCUUUCGUGCAGCUGACCAACUUCAGCCUCGUUCCUGUGCAGUGGAGGACAGCUUACACUGGACUCUGUGGUUUCCUCUGGGCCACCUUCCUUUGCUUUUCCCAACAGAAUGGGGAUGGUACAUUGAAGUCAGCCUUCAUUCUCCUUCGCAGAAAGGUAGCUGGAGCAGUUGAGGGACCUCCAGAGCAGUGAGAAAUCAAGGAAUCCUUUAACAUGACCAAGUUUUUUUUCCCCUAAAGUGCACUGGAUUGCCUGCAGAGAAAAUACUUGAUUUACCAGUUAUGUGCUUCAUUUUGAAGAAUUACUAUUCCCUACACCCACUUGUUUUUAAAUUACUAAUUAUCAUUAUCAUUGUUGUUGUUAUUUUGUCUUUUAAAGGCAGGGUCUGGCCAUGAAGUUCUUAAACUCACUAAGUAACCCAGGCUGGCCUUGAACUUGUGAUACUCCUGCCUCUGCCUCCCGAGUGCUGGGAUUAUAGGCAUUCACCACCAUGCCCAGCCCAGUUAUUAUUUUAAAUUUUAACCAAAUAUUUUCCCUUUAGUCUGAAAGUCUUACUUCUCAUAUAAUUUCACUUCUCUGAUACUUUGGUUAAAAAUAUCAAUAGUGAGAAAGUGGCAUUUUAGAAUUAUUAAUAAAUACUUAUAUUCAAAUAUUUCAAUAUGCCAAUUGAGUUCAGGAAAACCCAGUUCUGAUUGUUUACAUCUCUGUUCUAAAAUCUCAGGUUAUCUCUUAAACAGUUUGGGAUCAGAGUAGCUUUUAUGUCAGAAAUAGUCCUUAUAGUUUUCUCCCUGUUUUGUCUUGUUUUAUUUUGUUGUUGAGACAGGGUCUCACUAGUUCAUGCUGGCCUUGAACUUGCAGCGAUCCUCCUGCCUUGGAGAAAUAGUCUUUAUAGUAAAAUUUCCAUUUCCCUAAGAUUUAACCAAGGACAAGAUUGAAUAAGAUUUCCCCCCAAAAUACUCUGCAAUAAUUUAUUAUUCUAACACUAAAAUUCUGUAAGUACUUUUUUUAAUCAUCAAAAAAGAAUGAUGUAUGAUUGAUGUGUUCUGUAGGAAAUAUUUUAUCAAUGUCUUCUACUUUUAUAAUAUCAAUAUAGAGUACUUUUAAUUAAUUUUUAAAGUUUUGAGCAUAUUCAUACAGAAGAAAAUAUUUGACUUCUUCAUGACUCCACACACACAUACACACACACACACACACAUACACACACACAGUCUCUCUAAGUCACCCUGAUUGGCCUCAAACUCCUGUUCUUUUUACCUCAUCCUCCCCCAGUUUUGGGAUUACAGGUGUGCCACCAUGCCUGGCAUCAAUGGUAUUAAAUAAACGUUCUAAAAAUAAUAAUUUGGAGUUGGGCAUGGUGGUGCAUGCCUGUAAUCCCAGCACACUGGGAGGCUGAGGUAGGAGGAAUCCAAGUCCAGCCUGGGCAACUUAUUGAGACCUUUUCUGUGAGGCAGACAGGAGGAUCACAAAUUUGAGCCCAGUCUGGGCAACUGAAUG